AUGUGGAAAAGUAAUGCCUUGAGCAAAACCCUGGCUCGGCCUCCCCUCCGGCGUGCCCACAACAGCCCCGGACUGGAAUGUGGGCCGCAGAUCCCCUUCCACUCUUCCUCCUGUGACGACGUGUGGGAGAACGGAAGUGGCCUAGUACGCGGCCAGCCAAGGGCAGAUUACCGUGAGCGUAGUGGCUGGGGCCACACCUGUGUUGGGCUGCUCUUGGGGGAGAAGGCCGCAGCCGCAGCCACAUCUACAUGUGAUGCUUCUUUGUGGCCUGGUGAUGAUUCUGAACUGAUUGCUGCAAGCCAGGCGGUGGAGGACCAGCUCCAGAGUCAGUCUCGGCCCGCAGAGAGGACUAAGGAGGCAAAGUCCACUGCUGUCCAGUCUCACCCAGAGUCCACUGCUGUCCGGCCUCACCUGGAGUCCUCUGCUGUCCGGCCUCACCCGAAGCCCUCUGCUGUCCGGCCUCACCUGGAGUCCUCUGCUGUCCGGCCUCACCCGAAGCCCUCUGCUGUCCGGCCUCAGCCAGAGUCCACUGCUGUCCGGCCUCACCCGAAGCCCUCUGCUGUCCGGCCUCACCUGGAGUCCUCUGCUGUCCAGCACCAGCCAGAGUCCUCUGCUGUCCGGCCUCACCUAGAGUCCUCUGCUGUCCAGCCUCACCUGGAGUCCUCUGCUGUCCGGCCUCACCCGAAGCCCACUGCUGUCCAGCACCAGCCAGAGUCCUCUGCUGUCCGGCCUCACCUAGAGUCCUCUGCAGUCCAGCCGGAGUCCUCUGCCGUCCAGCCAGAGUCCUCUGCUGUCCAGCCAGAGUCCUCUGCUACCCGACCUCACUCAAAGUCCAAGUCCAAAGCUGCCCGGCAUCAGCACUCAGAGACCCACGGCGACCAUGCUCCUUCCACAAGCAGUGCUGAUUUACCUCCUCCAACUGAAGCCUCUGUUGAGCUAGAGGGUUGGGUACGAAGCUGGGAAGAAACCAAUGGCAUCCCAGCGGCCGACAUCACUUGGCUCAAAGAGGAUCCAGAAAGAGGGCUGUUCACACCCGUCCAGCACUUUAAAGACAUUGCUGGACAGAUAAAGAGGCGACGGGUGAUGAAAUCAGACCGCAUGUGGUUUUACCCACCAGAAUCUCCUGGUUACAUCAGCGGGGGUCUUCCGUCACUGCAGGCCUUCUUUCGGAGCCGUGUCUUUGUGUGGCGGCCUGUUGGAGUGUGGAAGUACUCCCUGAAGUGUCCUAGAGGGGGAGAGUGUGUGGGUAGUGGACGCAACGUGCACCUCUACAAAUCUGGCUACCACACACGGGUACGUCACAUCUGUGAUGUGUCUGGCUGGUACACGAUUGUGACCGAGGUCCUGUGCUGAUGACCAUGCACAAAGGCAGCCAGAAAGGGAGAAGGCGGCACGGUGGCUCGGUGGCUUGCGUGGGAUCCUGCUGUUUUAUCACAGCUC